AGCCAUGUUGACUAGACUGCUGAUCACAGACAGCCGGUUAAAAACCUGCAGCAGACCUAAGCAAUCUGUGGCAUCAGCAAACAUUCCCACUGAGCAAAAAUGGAGCACCUUGCCCUACAUGGAAACUCCUCCUCAUCCUCCCAGAGUUCAGUCAACGCAGAGCUCCUGUCUCGGACUGGCUACACAACACUGGCAGUUAUCAUGGGUGUGUUCUCUGUGGCCGGGAUCAUCCUCAAUGUCCUGGUGAUCGUGGUAACACUGAAACACAGACAGCUCAGGCAGCCACUCAGUUACGCUCUGGUUAACCUGGCCAUAUGUGACCUGGGCUGUGCUGUGUUUGGAGGUCUGCCCACCACAGUGACCAGUGCCAUGGGAUACUUCAGCCUAGGACGUGUGGGCUGCGUGUUAGAGGGCUUCGCUGUAGCCUUUUUUGGAAUAGCAAGUCUGUGUACAAUAGGAGUCAUUUCUGUUGAACGCUACAUAGUGGUGUGUUAUCCCAUGGGUGCUGUCCUGUUCCAGACCAGGCAUGCAGUUGCUGGUGUGGUGCUGUCCUGGGUGUGGUCAUUUGUGUGGAACACUCCGCCUCUGUUUGGUUGGGGCAGUUAUGAGCUGGAAGGGAUCAAGACCUCCUGCGCUCCAAACUGGUACAGCAGGGAUGUUGGAAACAUGUCCUACAUAAUCAUAUACUUUUUCCUUUGCUUUGUCGUGCCCUUUUCCAUCAUCAUGGUGUCCUACUCGCGACUCUUGUGGACCCUCCGUCAGGUGACCAAGCUGCAGGUGUCUGAGGCUGGCAGCACAAACCGUGUGGAGGUGCAGGUAGCACGUAUGGUAGUGGUGAUGGUGUUGGCCUUCCUGGUCACCUGGCUGCCGUAUGCUGCCAUGGCUCUUGCUGUCAUCAUAGACUCUAGUCUACAUAUUGACCCCCUCAUUGCCACCAUACCUGUCUACUUUGCUAAAAGCAGCACCGUCUACAACCCCAUCGUAUAUAUUUUCAUGAACAGACAGUUUCGAGACUACGCUAUUCCCACUGUCCUGUGUGGAUGGAACCCAUGGGCCUCAGACCCUCAAAUAUCUGAGGGUGAGACCACAGUCGCUUCUGUCAGCAAGAGCCAAAAAGUCUCACCUUAAGAAUCUUUAAAAGAAUAAAAAACCAUAUGAAUGAACAUGGUUUCACUCCUGAUCAUCUGAACUACCUCCAGCUAUUUACUGCUACAACAGACUGCAAGGAAAAAUAAAGUUCACAACAUCAACAAAAUACGUAGACACACCAAGGAUAGGAGACUGAUGGAAAUGGGUUAGGGGUGUAAUUCCAUGAAAAAAAAAUUCACAGCAUUAAAGCAGCUGUGAAAAGGGAGAAGGAAACCACCAUCAUGAGACUCCCCAUGUACUUCAAUUGACAGUGUGUCUUUUCCUACUGAGGCUGUCAUGAUUUUUUAUGUAC